AGAGAAGGAUGGAGGGAGUGUGAAAGAGAAAGAUGGAGAGGCAAACAGGCUUUGAAUACAAAUGAGCUGACACACAUAACGCAUGCCCUCCCUUCCUUCCCUUUUUUCCGUGCUCUCCAUCACUGCCUCCCUCACACACUCUUCCUCCUUCACACUCACAAUCGGGCUCCCUCUGUCUCUGCAUCUUCUCAUCUGGAGCGUCGCAGCACAGGAGGUGAUUUCAGCCACUUGAUUUAUUAGCCAGAGCUGGUUGUUGGAACAAGCUAAUUAAAAGGACGCCUUUGUAUGUGUGUGUGUGUCUGUACACGAUCUGAAAACGCCACUCCUGCUGUCUCCUUGACUGCUCUGUCGUGCUUCACUGUGGACCAGCAGGGUGAGCACAGGGAGAAGGAGGAGGAAGAUAAACAAAGACUGGAUAUUUCCACAUCUCCUUACCCUAAUCAAAGCUGACAUGGCCAGCACUUAGGAGUCGUAACACAGCAGACGUUCCUAAAGGUAUUUAAGGAUAAGGACUUGGGAAGAUGGGUUGGUUCAGAGAAAAAAACAAAGGGAUGGCAGCUGAGCAGAAACCAGGUGUGAAGAGCAGCAGCACAAUCCUCCCGUGCUUCCUGUUUGUUGAGCUGGUGAUCAUGGCUGGGACGGUGCUGCUGGCUUACUACUUCGAGUACACUGACACCUUCCCCGUGCACAUCCAGGGCUUCUUCUGCUACGACAAGUCCUUCUCCAAGCCCUACCCCGGUCCGGACGAACGGAGCAAGAUCCCUCCUGUGCUCAUCUACUCGCUGGUCACAGCCAUCCCAACAUUCACAAUUCUCGUUGGAGAGCUGUGUGCUUUCUUCACCAAGGCAGAGGAAACCCAGGAGAAGACCAUCGUCACCGCAGACUGCUGCUACUUCUACCCCCUGCUGAGACGCAUAGUCCGCUUCCUGGGUGUCUAUGCUUUCGGCUUUUUCACCACCACCAUUUUCUCUAAUGCUGGCCAAGUGGUGACAGGAAACCAGACGCCUCACUUCCUGUCCGCCUGCAGACCAAACUACACAGCGCUGGGCUGCCAGUCGCCCAUGCAGUACAUCACAGAGCGGCGGGCCUGCACGGGCAACCCGCUAGUUGUCAUGUCUGCGCGUAAAUCCUUUCCGUGUAAGGACGCGGCGCUCAGUGUGUACUCUGCCCUGUACACAGUGAUGUAUGUGACACUAGUGUUCAGGACCAAAGGUACACGCCUCACAAAGCCCACCAUAAGCCUGACCCUGCUCUGCCUAGCCAUGCUGGUGGGUGUUGUGAGAGUCGCUGAAUAUCGCAACCACUGGUCUGACGUCCUCGCAGGGUUCUUCACGGGGGGAGCCAUAGCUGUGUUCCUGGUCACUUGUGUAAUUAACAACUUCAGGCAGCUGCAGCCCUGUACCCCCCCACUGCUGGCGCAGCACCCCGAGUCAGUCCUGGGGGUGCCGAUGGUAACGCUGCCCUGUGUGGAGAGUCCGCUCGAUAACUUAAAUGGCUCUCAGCAUCCUGCACUUGCCCUCUCAGCCUCCUCCCAGCCGUACAAUGCCUACCAACCAUUCUAGCCUCUUCUGACCUCUCCUCAUUUGUCAUCUGUUUGCCUUUUUCUGUUUUAACUCCUGCUCCUUCUCACCUCGCGCAUCGCUCUUGAUUUAUUCUUUUUCUUCACUCCUCUCUCUCUUCUCGCCUUUUCCACUGGCCCCCGUCCUCUCUCUUUCUCACUCCGCUCUGUCCCCUGCAGACCGCUCGGAGAUCACCUUUCACCGAGAUCACAUGACCAGCAGCCCUAUCGGUUCCCCGCCAACCCCGAUGUCCUCACACCGUCUCGCUCCAUUUCCAGCGAAGCCUAGACCAGCCAGAGCAGCACUCGCCGCGCUGCGCCGCCCUGCACGCCGGACGGCGCACAACGCUGCAUCGCUCCUACUCCACCCAGGUCUAGAGCACACGGACAUCACCCUGCUGCCCUCUCAAUCCCCGGGGAACCGAUAGGCAAACUCUUUGAGACUUGUAUCUUCACUGGACAGCCGGUGAACCCUUUUCUUUUGUUAUGAACUCAAACCACACAUGAAGCCCACUUUGAUCUUCUGUGGAGAACUCUGCAAGAAAAAAAAACUGAUCUCCUCCUCUGCUUCUUUGUACGGAUGGGCUUACCCCCGUUUGAAGGGGCAGAUCCUGACAGCUCAAAGGAACGCCGCUUCCAGGUGGGCUGCCCAAAGACGGCGACGCUGGACCAAAGAAAUCCACAGCAAGAGGAGCACACUGCUGAAGCCAAGCACCCCUACGCUCUCACCCUCCUUAUCUUAUCCCAUGCACAAACAGACACCUGCAGUCUGAGCAGCAGUGCACUCGUCAGCCCUGCGUGAGCCUCACCCAGAUCAAAGAACCCAUAUAUCUCUCUGCAAAAGGCGACGCACAGAAGCAAACUAGACGAAAGCGCAGAACUCUUCAACCAGCUAUCUCUGUUUUUUGUUGUUUUUUCAUCAUCAUUUGGUUGCAACUUAGCCAAAUUCCUGCGUGAAACUGCAGGAGCAGAUAAAGUGGCAGACAGGCAGGAGCUCACGCUGAACACGUGUUUGUGUUCAGUCAAAGCACUGUCAUGCAAAAACGGUUGCCAGCUGUUUUUUUCCUUCGCUUCCCUUCAGAAUGUGAUUCCCUCGUGGUUCAGCAUAAGUUUCUCCACAUGUACUGUAUAUACGUUGCAGCUCGCCAUCGGGUGCCCCGUGUGGCACCACAGUUGAGCUGAUUUUGAUUUGCACACUCCCUUUAAUCCGGGUUCCUUUUUUUUUGACCGACAUCCUUCAGCGUCAGAUGAAUCUCUGGUUUCUGGCCGUGCUGCCGCCACUGUGCUGUGAAAUAUUUCCCUCUGCUGGACACAACACACACAUGCACGGACAGAAAGCGUGCACACACACACAAUAAACACAUUUUUUUGUGAAGCACA